AUGGGAGCCCAUCGUGCUCCAUUACUCAUAAUACUUCUCUACCUCCCUACCGUAAUCUCUCAAUUCCACCUCUUCAUUGUGAUAUCAUGCCAAUCGUAUUGCCACGUCACGUUCCGUCAUCACGAGAUGGAAUACUACAGUGUUAUGGAACACACCGCCCAAAUUGCAAGACAUUUCGAGGAUCCUGUUCCGAAUGUCACUUUCCAAGUGGACAACUUCUUCAAUACGACUGAUUUCAUGCCAGUGACAACAAGUAUCGAAUGGAUCAGUCAUCUCAACAAGACGUUUUAUUUCAAUCGGGAUGGAGUCAUGAUUAUCGGACACUACUUCUGCCCAGACGGACGCUGCCUAAUCGACAACACUCGGGCGGAAUACAAAGAUAAAAUUGAGAAAUGGUCAUUCCUUCUGGUUCUUCUCGGAGUUAUUUUCUUCUUACUACUGAGCGUAGUUGCUGAUGUGGUUUAUAAGUGGACGAAAGAGAAGAUCAUCGGAAGAAAAGACAAAUCACAACCAUAUAACUCACUGGAAUUAAUGGAUAUGUCGAAGAAGAAUUCUGUCACGACGAGCAGAGCAUAA